CCCGUCCUCGGGCCGGAGAGACAGAUGGCCUCCGGUGGGAGAGAUGCCAUAUCGUGGUACCAGAAGAAGAUUGGAGCAUAUGACCAGCAGAUAUGGGAAAAGUCCAUCGAACAGACUCAGAUUAAGGGCUUCAAAAACAAACCAAAAAAGAUGGGUCACAUAAAGGCAGACUUGAUUGACGUUGACUUAAUCAGAGGCUCAACAUUUGCCAAAGCCAAACCGGAGAUUCCGUGGACGUCCCUGACGCGGAAGGGGCUGGUGCGAGUGAUGUUCUUCCCCUUGUUCAGCAGCUGGUGGAUCCAAGUUACCUCUUUAAAGAUCUUUGUUUGGCUGCUGCUGCUCUACCUCAUGCAAGUGAUAGCACUUGUGUUGUAUUUGAUGAUGCCCAUUGUGAAUGUGAGUGAAGUCCUUGGACCCUUGUGCCUUAUGCUGCUCAUGGGAACCGUCCACUGUCAGAUCGUGUCUACGCAGAUCGCACGGCCGUCGGGAAGCAAUGGGAGUCGGAGAAGGAGAAAAUUACGAAAAACUGUGAAUGGCGACGGGAGCCGAGAAAAUGGAAAUAACUCCUCUGAUAAAGUCAGAGGAGUCGAAGCUGUGGAACCCGGACCCUUCGCCAGUGGCUUUUGGGGGACUCUCUUUGGCUACAGGACUAAAAGAGUGAAAUUAAUAUGUAACAAAGAGACGGACACCAACAAGGACACCGGCUACCUGCGUCCCAUCAUCAAGAAGCGACAGGCGCGACCAGAGGUUAAAACGUGGCCGGCAGCGGAGAAAGCCAAGUCUUCCGACGGAGAGAAGGGCCGCAGGGAGGCCUUCCGGCGCGUGGGGAACGGCGUGUCGGACGAUCUGUCCAGCGAGGAGGACGGGGAAGCCCGGACGCAGAUGAUGCUGCUGCGCCGGAGCGUGGAGGGGGCCUCGAGCGACAACGGCUGCGCAGUCAGGAACAGAAGGUCGCUGCUCCCGAGGCACAUCAGCUCUCAGGUGACCAAGACCACGGCCAAGUGGUGUCAUUUCAUGCGGGAUUCCGACAGCCUGGCCGAGUCAGAGUUCGAGUCGGCAGCCUUCAGCCAGGGCUCUCGAUCAGGCGUGAGUGGUGGCUCUCGCAGCCUCAACAUGUCGAGAAGAGACUCGGAGAGCACCCGCCACGACUCGGAGACGGAGGACAUGCUGUGGGAUGACCUGCUGCACGGCCCAGAGUGCCGGUCCUCCGUCACCAGCGACAGCGAGGGGACAGCGCCCACCCUGCACUCGGGGACCAAACGGGACCCCAAAGAGGAUGUGUUUCAGCAGAACCACCUGUUCUGGCUUCAGAACUCCAGUCCCGCCUCUGACCGGGUCAGUGCCAUCAUCUGGGAAGGAAACGAGUGCAAGAAGACGGACAUGUCCGUGCUGGAGAUCAGCGGCAUCAUCAUGAGCAGGGUCAACGCGUACCAGCAGGGCGUGGGCUACCAGAUGCUGGGCAACGCGGUCACCGCCGGGCUGGCCUUCUUCCCGUUCCUGUACCGCCUGUUCCGCGCCAAGAGCCUGGACCAGCUCAAGUCGGUCUCGGCCGAGGAGAUCCUGACGCUCUUCUGCGGGGCCCCGCCCGUCCCUCCUGUUGUCGUUCUGUCCGUGAUCAACUUCGUGGAACGGCUGUGUCUCACGUGGAUUUUCUUUUUCAUGAUGUGCGUGGCCGAGAGGACGUAUAAACAGAGAUUUCUGUUUGCAAAGCUUUUCAGCCAUAUUACUUCUGCCAGGAAAGCUCGAAAAUACGAAAUACCUCAUUUCAGACUGAAGAAGGUGGAGAACAUUAAGAUCUGGCUGUCGCUGCGCUCCUUCCUGAAGAGGCGGGGCCCGCAGCGUUCCGUCGACGUGGUGGUAUCUUCAGUCUUCCUGCUGACACUGUCGAUUGCUUUCAUUUGUUGUGCCCAGGUUCUCCAAGGACAUAAGACUUUCCUGAAUGAUGCUUAUAACUGGGAGUUUUUGAUCUGGGAAACAGCUUUACUGCUGUUCUUACUGCGCCUGGCCUCACUGGGGUCUGAAACCAAUAAGAAAUACAGCAACGUUUCAAUACUGCUUACUGAACAGAUUAAUUUAUAUCUUAAGAUGGAAAAAAAGCCAACCAAGAAGGAACAGCUUACUCUAGUAAACAACGUAUUAAAACUGUCCACCAAGUUGUUGAAGGAGCUGGACACGCCCUUUCGACUCUAUGGACUGACGAUGAAUCCCUUAAUCUUCAACAUCACACGCGUCGUCAUCCUUUCGGCUGUCUCGGGCGUUAUAAGUGAUCUUCUAGGAUUUAACAUACGACUGUGGAAAAUCAAAUCCUAAGCUGAGCCACGCGCCGGACUCGCUCCCCUUGCUGGCGACACGUCCCCAUUCAGGAAAGAGAUGACGAGGAAACCGUGAGAUGCCCACCGCUCGCCUGCACGGAGGCCUCUGCUCGGCCUGACCUCGCGGUGCUCGGGAGCCGGUGCUCUGCCAGCAGGGCGUGCGCGCUCCAGGCCCCUCUCACGGCUCCAGCAGCUGGACAGUUAGGAGGCAGAGACUGUACGGGGACACGAGGACCACUCUCUGAGGCAGGACACGUGUUCUGCACGUUUCCUGCCGGGACAGUCAUGUUCACUGGAAACGGUCUCUGGGUAACUAUGCUUUAUUGGAAAUAGGCAAAUUCCGUACUUGCUAUGACGUGAACAGAAGCGGAGAUUUCAUUUCUCCAGCAGAGAGAUCCAACUAUUUUAGGUUGAACUCAAAUAAAAGAACUUUAUUGGA